AUGGAAACAGGACACAAGUUUGACAGAGACAUUGAACUGCUGAUUUAUUACAAAGAUGCCCACCAGCCCACUGCUGUGGUGGAGGCAGGACAGGCUUCUGCCAAACCUGGCUCUCUGAUGGGGGAUCCAGUGGUGAUGGUGAGCUUGUACCCUGAGUUCCCCCAAUCUGUGAUGUCAUCACUUCCCUCUUGCGGAGAGUUUGUGCUCCUGAUGGAUCGAUCAGGAAGUAUGGGCUGUCCCCUGAAUAACAGCAUGAAGCAGGAAACCCGCAUCAGCAGUGCCAGGCCCUGCAUUCCUAAACACCCUCGACAGCUGUUUGUUUUCACUGAUGGAGAAGUGGGAAACACCAAAGCAGUUAUUGACCUUGUUAAGAAGAAUUCAGGCUCCCACAGAUGUUUCUCCUUUGGGAUCGGAGAAGGAGCCAGCUCUGCUCUUAUCAACGGGGUGGCCAAAGAGGGAGGAGGUCACGCUCAGUUCAUCACAGGGACUGACAGGAUGCAGCCAAAGGUGAUGCAGUCACUCAGGUUUGCUCUGCAGCCUGCGGUGGAGGAUGUUUCUGUCUCUUGGGAUUUACCAAAGGGAGUGUCUGCCACCAUUCUCUCUCCACCCAUCAAAGCAAUCUUUCAGGGUCAGAGGUCACUGAUUUAUGCUCAACUCACAGGCCAGAGUUCAGAGGGAACAGAGGGCAGCGUGACAGUGAAGUACACCCUGGCAGGUCACCCCUCCCAGAAUCAGCUGCACUUCGAUUUGAAACCUGCAGAGGACUCUGGAUUAACAGUCCACAGGUUAGCCUCUCGCACUGUGAUUCGCUCCCUGGAGUCGGAGCAGAGGACACAAAGAGGACAGCAGGAUGAAGAAGUGAAGAAGAAGGUGGUGGAGCUCAGUGUCCAAUCAGGAGUGAGCAGCUCUUUGACUGCGUUCAUUGCUGUCAACAAAGCCAGUGGCAAGGCAGUUCAAGGACCACUGGUGCGGAGAAAUAUUCCAACAGCUUAUCGUGGAUGCAUGAUUGCAGAUUGUUCAGUUCUACUUAAAAUGAAGAAGGGUUCAGCUCCAAAAUUAAAACUGGACAUUCAGCCCCCGAAGCCCCCUAAAGACCCUCUGCUGCAGCUGGUCUCCCUACAGAAGGCAUCCGGCUUCUGGCAGCUUGAUGCAGAUCUGGCUGCUGUGUUUGGAAAGAACAAAGAGGAGGUGGAGAAGUCAAAGCCAAAAUCGGUCAACAAUGAGGUGUGGGCCUCCAUUCUGGCUCUGAUAUGGCUUCAUGGGUUCAAGAUGGAUGCCAAAGAGGAGUGGGAGCUUCUCACAAUGAAGACUGCUUCAUGGAUCAAGGCUCAGAAUGCUCCAUGUGUACCAGAGUGUGUUGAAGCCGGAAAUACAUUGUUGGGUUGCAGCGUGAAGAAAGAAGUCCUUGGGCUUUGAGGUUUUCCAAACAGGCUUUAGCUUUACUAUGAUUAUAAGCCCUGACAGGAACACUUAAACAGGAAAACAGGAAGAUUGAAGAGAUGUGUCCUAAUAAAAUCCUAUAAAUAUCUUACUGCGUUUAUUAGGUGUUUAAUAUACAGCGGACAACUAAUAAAAUUAUCUCACAUUUUUAUGGAACUGUAUCGCAUAAACUGUCUCAAUCAUACUGUAUCUCAUUCUAACUUUAUUUUAAACGGCUUACUGAGUGUGGUAAAGUAAUUAAAGAUGAAACGGUCUCAGUUGUAUAAAUGAUGUUCCUUGUUAAACAAAUGGAUCCUUUUCCUCUACACAGUAUUGAUAGCUUAAGGUAGACCAUAUUAUAAAGUAUUUAAACUGUAUGAUAUCUUC